CGGGAUGACUUUCGCUCUAAUUUAUUCCCCCUCCACCUCAUCUAGCAUACCAGCGCAUACCCCUCUUCCCCCCUCCCCCCUCAUGCGCCGCAAGAAGCGCUUGGACCGGGGCGGGGGCGGCGACGGCGGCGGCGGCACGGAGCUCUUCAUCUGCUUCACCUCCCGCCCCUCCGCCGCCUCCUCCGCAUCCGUCGCCGGCGGUGGCUCGCCGUCCUCCCUCCGCCCGUCCAGCUCCUCCAAGCUCCUCAGCCCCGGUCGCGUCGGCGGCGCAGGCAGUGCCGGCGCCGGAGCCGACGCUCCGGCUCCACCGAUCCAUCCCUCCCUCAGCCGCCGCCUUCGCAACAGCAGCAGCCUCAAGGGCGGCCAGUCCCCCAUGUUCCCGUCGGGUUCCACGAGCGGACGCCGCGGCCGGGGCGGGUUCGAGCCCGCCGAGCCGUCGUCGCCCAAGGUCACCUGCAUCGGCCAGGUCCGCGUGAAGGGAGGCAAGCGCAAGCCCAAGCACGCCUCCGCCGGCUCGCUGCUCUCCCGUUCCAGACGCGGUGGAGUUGGCGGGAGUGCGGAGGCCAGCUUCCGCCGCGCCGGUGACGACCGGGACGGGCCCCAGGGCAAGAACCAGGGCUGGGUGUACCAGAUCCCUGUAAACAUUUGCGAGGCGCUCAAGACAUUCGGCUCCUGCGGCGGCCACUCUCUCUGCUCGCCGUCCCGGUCGGGUGGGGGUGAGCGGUGCGCGCUCUCCGGCAGCGCCGGUCACACUGACAAGAAGCGGCGGCAGCGCGCGCCGGCGGGGGGUAGCUGGCUGUGCGGGGCCGCCGUGGCGAGGUGCCUCUUAGCGAUCCAGGAGGAAGAGGACGACGAGUUCGGCAAGGGAGCUGCCGUUGUGCCGGCGGACGAGAUGCGGGCGUCGGAGGUGGGGCUUGUCAUGGAAGGGUGGGACGUAGAGGAAGAGAGGGGCGUGAUGGUGGGGGAGAUCGAGGUGGAGAAGAAGGAUGAGAUCUUGGUGGUGGGGAAGGAGGAAGAGGGGAGGGUCAGCGUCUGCAUCCCCCCGAGGAAUGCGUUGCUGCUAAUGCGCUGCCGCUCAGACCCUGUCCGCAUGGCGGCACUUGCCACACGCUUCUGGGGCUCUCCACAGGCGGCCACCGAUGGGCAGGUGGACAAUGAGGUGGUAGGUGACGACGAUGAAGAAGAUGAAGAGGAAGGGGAUGAUGAGGCUGAGACUCAGGUGGAGAAGGAAUGCAAAGAUGAAGCUCGUGAUUCAGCAGUUUCAGUCGAAGACGUCAAAUGCCGAGAGCGUGGUGAUGGUGAAGAUGAUGGUGGUGAUGAAGGGAAGAUAGAUCAAGUGCAUGCAGAAGCAGACGAGAGCUCUAAAUGUGGAGAUCUCGUGGAAGAGAAGAAGGAUGGACACUGCAGAAAGGAGGGAGAGGAGGCACAAAUUGUUUGGAAAGAUGUUAUGUUGGAGGUUACUUUGGGAGAAGAUGAGGAAAGAGAAAACAAAGGGCUGGGCAUGGUGGAGCUGGUGGCCGACGGUAAGGAGGAAGAUGUUCCAGCACCGGAGAAAGGGGAGGACGAGUUGAAGGGGAGAAGGUCAAUCAGCAGCUAUUCUCCCUCAACAGCUCUGAAGGAGGACCGCAAAUUGCGACAGUUGAGUAGCAGAAGGCGUGUCAGUACUAGCAGCAGGACUUCAUCGGUCAGCGAUAGGGUAGGCAUGCGGCGCAGUUUCUCUGCUGAGACGGUGGAAGGACGGCGGUCAAGCUUCUCGAGCUUGAAGGAUUCAAGGAGGGCAAGUUUCUCCAUUGAUAGGGAUGGUCGGAGGUGGAGCUUCUCGAUUGAGCAGGAGCAUUUCAUUGCGGAACCUAAGGUGCUGAUGGCGUCCAGGAAUGGAAAGAAGACUUCAUCUGAGCCAGAGUCGGAGAAUGAUUAUGCUGUCGUUGUUGCUCCAAACAGUGCAGAGGAAGAUAAAGAAUCCCAGGAUGACAGAAAGGAAGAAGUGACAAAGAAUGGAGAGGAGGAAGGAACAACACAGGAUGAAGAUAUGAACCAGAAAGUUGACAAAGUAGAAACCAGAGGUGAAGAAGGCGAGGCAGGACAGGUACAACGGAGGAAGAAGAGUGGUGAAUUGCCAGAUUGCCUCCUCUUGAUGAUGUAUGAGCCAAAGCUCUCCAUGGAGGUCUCCAAGGAGACAUGGGUCUGCAGCACAGACUUUGUGCAUUGGAAGUCCUACCAGGGGAAGAAUAACCAUAAUCGCCACCAACAUAAGGCUUCUGGUAGCGGCAAUGAUGCUGCUAUGGAGGAGCCCAAAGACAAGGAGAAUGCUGAAGGCACUACCAUUGCAAACGACGCAGAACAUAGCAAAUAUCAAUCAGUGGUGAACUCGGUGCCUAUGCUACCUCCAGUUGUCCAGAAAACACCACCACCGAAAGUAACCACAGAGCAGAAGCUGAAGCUAGAGCUGCCGCUGGUCGCUAACACUGCAGCAUAUGCCCCGUUCGUCCUGAAACGUUGCCAAUCGGAGCCAAUGCGGUCAUCGGCGCGGCUGGCGCCCGACGCCUGCUUCUGGAAGGACCGCCAUCGUCCCCUGAAUGCCACCGGGAUCGGGUUCUGAUCCCGCCCGAACCAAACCGCUGGUAUGCAAAUGCAAUGCCUAGUUAGCUAGUGAGUCACUCAGUUUGUUGCGAGCCUGUUGUGUAAUAGUAGUGAAAAGAGGUUCUUUCAUGAUGCUUUGUACUGUUAUGUGAUGUGGACACCAAAUAAUAGCAUGUUAAGCUACAUCAGAUAGAUUAGGGAGUAGUAGUGGAGUACAUGCAAAUCUCGUGGGUUUGCUUCAUUCGGUGUGCUAAUUCAUUUUCCCUUGA